UGUUCAUCAUCAUAGCCCAUCCACGUUCCCUCCCAACAGGCACACCUGCGCACCUCUGCACCCUAGAGGCAUCACAACUGUCGACAAAGAAGAUAUGCACCACACUACUCGGCUCCUGGCCUCGAAACGUGCCCCUCGGACAGCACCUCUGCCUCUCCGACAGUCAUGACGACACCCCCGUCGCCGCUUCCUACCGACGACUUGUCGGAAGAUACCAAAGCAACUUCAGACAACCGGACGCUAAAAUACUCUCUGCUGGGCCCUUCCUUGACCAAAGCUGGACAAGACGCCGUUGACCAGUCAAAGGUGUCCGAGAUCAUAUACAAUGCAUCCAAGGGUUCCAAGUUCUUCAAUCGAGAAGAGGAGCGUGACAAGAUCCUGACGAAGAAGAUCGAACAAAUCCUUCACAAGAAACGUGACCUCGAGAAGCAAGACCUUAGCCGUGAGCUGCGCCUUGCCGACCAGCUCAUUACUCAACUCGAACUUUCCCGGGACUUGACCCAAUACAUCGUUCAUGUUGAUUGCGACGCCUUUUACGCUGCCGUCGAGCUUCUCGACCGGCCUGAACUCAAAGAUGUCCCCUUUGCUGUCGGAAGCGGCGUUCUGACGACGUGUAACUACGUCGCACGGAAAUAUGGUUGUCGAAGCGGUAUGGCUGGGUUCGUAGCCAAGAAGUUGUGCCCCGAGUUGGUGAUGCUCAAAAUUAACUUUGAGAAAUAUACUGCCAAAGCUCACGAAGUACGGGAGGUGUUAGUAGAAUACGACCCUCGAUUUGAAAGCGCAAGUAUAGACGAGGCCUAUUUAAACAUCACAGAGUACUGCACAGACAAGGGCAUUGGCCCAGCGGAAGCGGUCGAGCAGAUGCGCCGAGAAAUCUACGAGAGGACUAAAAUUACCGUCUCAGCCGGGAUCGCAGCCAAUGCAAAACUUGCGAAGAUCUGUUCGAACAUGAACAAACCGAACGGCCAGUUCAUCCUGCCCAACGAUCGAUCCGAGAUUUUGCGAUUCAUGGCAAAGCUGCCGCCCCGAAAGGUCAACGGUGUGGGCCGCGUGCUCGAACGGCAGCUGGCCGAGAUAGGAAUCAAGACAUGUGCGGACCUGUAUCCUCAGCGGCAUUUCCUCCGACCACUGUUCGGUGAAAAGGCGUACGAGUUCCUGAUUAAUGUAUACCUCGGCCUAGGCCGUACUCGGAUUCAGCCUGCAGAAGAAUACGAGAGAAAGAGCGUGGGCACUGAAAGCACGUUUCGGGAUAUGUCUGAUCCGCAACAGCUGAGAGAGAAGCUGAAGUGGACGGCAGGAGAGUUGGAGAAGGACAUGAAGAGGGCGGAAGUUAAAGGUCGGACACUGGUGCUCAAGGUAAAGAUGCACACAUACGAGGUUUUGACUCGCCAAGUCGUGCUGCCCAGAGCGAUAUUUCUAGCCGACGACUUGUACCACUUUGCUCUUCCGAUUCUGGCAAAGCUACAAGAAGAGAUGCCGGGCAUGACGCUACGGUUGAUGGGUCUACGUUGCACUCAUUUGGUCAGCACCAAGAAGCCGGAUACAAUGGCGUUCUUCGGGUUUCGAUCCCGUAGAUCCGAGUCAGGUACAUCCCCAGUGAAGCCUUUGAAGGACAAUGUCAACGCUGGGGCCGACAGUGCGCUAGACGACGACGGCUGGGAACAAUGGCCCAGAGAGGAACUCCCGGGACUCGACGAUGAUCAAUACUUUCAGUCCAAUGCCUUCCAGGAACCUGUUAACCUUGACGACGACAAGUUGAGCCCGGUUAGGAGACAUGGGAAAGAGAUCCAGCCGAAUCCGAUACGGGAGUAUGCCCCAGUCAACGAUGAAAUGUGGGAUUGCCCCAUUUGCAACCGUCCGCAGGCACCAGACGAGAGACAGUUCAACGAGCAUAUCGACUUCUGCCUUUCGCGGCAGACGAUUCGUGAAGCUGUGCACGGAGAUGUUCCUGGCCCAGCUCCGAGAUCGACAACGCCGGACAUGAAAAAGGCCAAGGUUGGGGGCGAAAAGAAACGCGGCAGACCACCAGCACGACCGCCAAGUGAUGACCCUCGUCAAAAGAAGCUUUGCUUUGGGUGACGACGCUUUACUUCGUAUCGCCAAACAGAAUUCAUAAUACCAUAACAUCACAUGACUCAAGCUGUAUGCCGGGUGUGGAGAACGCCGCCCCGCCACCACAAGUCGAAUGUGUCUGACCUUGAGGCCGACGCUCUACCUAUCCAUUUUCAGACCCCACGCGAUGUGCCGGCACUCGGACGAUGGCUAAGGCGUUUGCCCCAGGCAACUGGCGCACAGUGACGGGCGGUGCUGUGACUUGGCCCAAGGCGCCUAAGUAGUCCAUAGCCCAAUGAGACAAUGACCAAUGAAACAAAGUUACGAGGUUGAGUGUAAUAUUGAUGGACGGAACUCGGCUGCCCCGGAGUGCUCCCCCAUCUCUUUUGCAGCCUAUCAGCCUCUGGGGAAAUCAGUCCAAGAUCUCGGACAUUGCACUCUGUGCAUUUCUUGCCAACGUCACUUUUCAGUGUCUUAUGAAG